ACAACCAACAAAAUGGCCACCACGGCAGAUGCUGCGCCGGGCCUGGCAUUCCCGCGCGACACCUUCGCCAAGCUCACGCCUGGUCCGUUUCUUCUCGCUCACCUCACACGGCCGGAGUCUGUGCGGCCCAGUGGGAGGAGACCGCAUGAGUUUCGCACUGCUACCAUCAACACAGGCUCCCUCAGUCACAGCAACGGGAGCGCCGUCGUCAGACUGGGAGAUACCGCGGUGGUUUGCGGAGUCAGAAGCGAACUUUUGCUGGCCUCCGAUGUCCCACACCCUCCCGAUCAGCACGCGACCAGCAGCGCCAUUGUUGAACAUCUCGCCCUGAUCGUGCCCAACGUGGAACUGAGCACAGGAUGCUCACCUUCACACCUGCCUGGAAAUCCGCCAACAUCACUUGCGCAAUCCCUUUCGCACCGCGUCAGCUCAUUGCUCAAUGGCUCGAAUGCGAUUGAUCUCGCCGACCUCAGCAUCAAACACACAGAGCCUCAAACAGAGCACCAUCUGCCGGAUGAGGAGCCAAAGAUAGUGACCAAGGCUUACUGGGCGCUUUACCUGGACAUUCUUUGCUUAGCCCUCGACGGGAACGCCUUCGACGCAGCCUGGCUCGCGGUGACGGCGGCGCUGCAAGACACCAUCCUCCCCAGAGCCUGGUGGGACCCCGACCGGGAGAUGGUACUCUGUUCGCCAUCAGCAUCGGAAAGUUCUCGUCUGAGACUCUCAGGUCUGUGUGUUGCGUCUACCUUUGCCGCCUUCUCCACUGCUUCGCCACUCAAGCAGAGACACGCGGCCCAGAGUUGGAUCUUGGCCGAUCCUGAUGCCUUCGAGGAGGACCUUUGUGAUGAGACUGUGACAGUCGUGCUCUCGCCAGCCUCUGAGUCCGGCAGAUCAAUAGUGCGCAUUGAGCGAAGCGGUGGCGGCGUUAUUGCCAAGGAUCUCAUGCAGCAAUGUGUCCAGCGCGCUGAGAACCGUUGCCAGCAGCUAGAGGCCUCUCUGCAGGCUCGGUGA